CAAAAGUUUAAAAUUUGUAAAUAAUUUAAAUAUCCAAUAUUAACUUUAUAAUCACAAAAAAUGCAGAAAUUCAUAAGAAUAUUGUUCAACGCAAAAACAUUAAAUCGACUAGUCGUCCCAACGGUCCAUAAAAAUUAUGUUUUUCUAAAACAAUACAAUCAAAAAUUACCAUUCACACACACGAAUGUCUCCCAAGCAAGUUUGAGAUUUCUAAAACCAAACGCAAAGUCCAUACUAGCAAUAAGUCUAUUAUCAUGGUUGGGUUUCGCGGAAGAAGAUAAAAACAAAGAAUCCGAAUUAAUAAUGACUCUAAAACGGUCAGUAUUGUGCAUUAACAGGGAGCAGUACGACAAAGCGGAGCAAAUGUUGCACUUGGCUUUAAGAAUAGCCCAGCAACAGCAAAACGAGCAAGGAGCUCUUUACUGCUUUGAUUUAAUGGCAAAUUUGGCGUUCGAGCAGCGCGAUCUGGACAAAGCCCACAAGUUAUUUGUACACAUUCUGCAAUUGCUUUUGAGCAAAGGAACGCCGGAAGACGACAUUAAGGUUAUUCAUAUUAGCUUGAAAUUAGCGAGGAUUUACCAGUUAGGAGCUGAAUUAGAGCAAGCUGAAAUCGGUUACGCGUGGUGCCUCGAGCAGAUUAAAAACAAGAAAAAUCAGAAUAAAGACACCAAAAUCUUAUAUGGUGUGAUCAAUGACUGGUACGCCCAGUUUCUUUUAGAUAAAAAUGACGUGAAAAAGGCGCUGGUUCAUUUAAAAGAAGCCUACAGUGUUUGCAACGAACUCAGUAGGCAAGAUGUCGAUCAGACUGUUUUGUUAUUAAACGAUUUGGGCACGACUUGCUUUAGAGCUAAUGAUAUGACCAAUGCGGAAAAUUACCUGAAACAGGCUGUUAGUAUUGGGAAAGACAUGCAGGACAAGGCCUAUCUGGGAGUCGUUCACGCUAACCUCGGUUUGAUUUUAUUGGAAAAGGGUUUGUUGGAUCAGGCGAAGAAGUUUUGUAAAGAGGCUUUGUAUUUAGGAAAGAAGCACGAAAAUAGUGAAUCCAUUAAUCAAGCCAAUUAUUGCUUUGAUCAAAUAAAAAUGAACUUGAAUAAGUAACAUUCUUGGUGUUUUCGAUUGAAAUAUUAAUGGGGAUUGGGGAUUUCGAGUCAACUUUGCUAAAUAACGUUUGUAGAUGAAUGUAUUUUGUAUUUCAUUCAUGUAUAGGUCCUGCUGUUUUUACCAAUAAUACUUUUGUGAUAUGUACAUACAAUUGAAAUAUUAAGUUUAUCACGAGAAUUUUAUAAUUUAUGAACAAUAUUUAAAAAACAGUAUUUUUAAAAAUUAAAAUAUUUU